ACACCUCGGUGCUCUCGGUGCUAGCCGGCUCGAGUUUGCAACUAUGCUCAGUGUAUGUUUGGGUGGAUCGUUCGAAAAAGUUAAACAAGUACCACCAGUGUGCCACAAAACCACCCGCCAAAAAAGCAAGGGGAGUCGGUGGAAGUCGAUGUGUUAUAGUUUAGUCAAGCUGCGUUAUAACCUUUUUGUUAUUAACCUGUAUCAUAAUAAUUCAUUAUUAAUCUGUAUCAUAAUCUUGUCAUACAAAAUGCAAAAAUUGUAUGAUACUAAUAUAAAACUAAUAGAAGGACGGCAUAAAGUCGUAAUGAAUGGUGAUUUUUCCUUGCUUAAUUCUAACGGAAAUUUAUUUGUGCAAGAUGUGCAAGAGAACAAAAUUUUUGAUGUACCUAUAUGUAAAAACACAUUGAAGUUCUUCAAUUUGCAAGUUAGUGAGGAAUCAGCCAUAGAUCACAAUAUUUUAAGUAAUACUGAUAUGGUUUUCAAAAAUGAGACAACAGUUUCUACAGCAUGUUGGAAAGACGACAACGAAGUAAAAUGCCUUAUCCAUCUUUGGAACAAUCACCAAAAACAUUUCAAAACUAUGAAGAGUCAAGAUGUGUGGACUAUAAUCAGUAAUAAAUUAAAAGAGGCCAAUCCUGAAUAGAAGAACAACUAUUCAAUGUGAAAAUAAGUGGAAAGAUAUUAAGAGAAAAUACACAGAAACAAAGGAUUAUAAUAACACUUCUGAGAAUGAACCUAAAACCUGCAAGUUUUACAAAGAAUUAGAAGAAAUGUUGAGUGAAAAGCCGUGUAUUAAACAUUGCUGUUGCCUCAAAUCUCAACAAAAAGAGAAUAAAUACCAUGCCAGUGUCACUUGAAGAAUCAAAUGAUUCAGAAGAUUUAAAUAAAAAUUCUUCAUCAACUCAGAAUGAAAGAACUCCUUAGCGAAAAAGAAGAAA